CUAGUGCAGUACACGAGGGUGAACAGGAACAGUCCUCAAUUUUAUACAAUAUCAGUCUUUAAAACAAUAAGAUAUGAUUACUAUAAAAGAAUGGAUGAAUAAUAAGACAAUACUAAUAACUGGAGGAGCAGGUUUCUUCGGAAAAGUUUUGACUGAGAAAUUGUUAAGAGCAUGCCCAGGUGUAGAAAGAAUUUAUCUCCUCAUAAGACCAAAACACGGGAAGACUCCACAAGAAAGAUGGGAUGACAUUUCCAAAGAUGUGUUAUUUGGACCACUGUUGAAGGAAGUUCCUGAUAUAAUGAAAAAAGUUACCGUUUUGGAUGGAGAUAUGUCAGUCAUCAAUUUAGGGCUAUCUGAAGAAUCCAUUGAGGAGCUGAAAAAUAGAGUGAAUAUAAUUUUCCAUUCAGCAGCUACAGUUCGAUUCAAUGAUCCUCUUCACAAAGCUUUUCUCUCAAACACGAGAGGGACAUUAGAGAUGUGUAAAUUAGCCUCUGAAACUAAAAAUCUUGAGGUUUUUGUUCAUGUUUCAACAGCAUAUUGCCACCACAAUUUGAAGCUAACUUGUUAUGAAGAAAAGGUAUAUGAGCCAUGUCAGGAUUGGAGGACAAUAUUAAAACUAAUAGAAACAGAAAAUCCUGUAGUCAUGAAUACAAUCUCUUACAAAAUUAUACAGGAUCAUCCAAACACCUAUACAUUCUCAAAGUCAUUGAGUGAAAAAAUAGUUGAGGAAUAUUCACAUAAAUUUCCUACUGUCCUUGCAAGACCUACAGUUGUGGUUGGGGUCUACCAGGAUCCUGUUCCCGGUUGGACAGACAAUAUGAAUGGUCUCAUAGGAAUAACAACAGGAAUGUGCAAAGGGGUUCUGAGGGUUUUAAAAGGUAGAAAGGAAUGUUGUUUAGAUUAUAUUCCAGUUGAUGUUUCAGUAAAUGCACUCAUCGUUGGCGCUUGGGAAAAAGUAACUAGUGAGAACAAGGAAUUAUCAAUUUACAAUUGUGGUUAUGCUGAUUUAAUCCCUAUCAGUUUUCAAACAUUAUUAGAGGAAGGAGGUGAUCUGAACGAAAAAACUUGUCCUUUGGAUGAUGACAUUUGGUAUCCAUUUCUAAUAUUUGUCCAGAAUAACUUUAAUUUUCACCUUCUCUUUUACUUGCUCCAAGUUCUACCAGCUGUAAUUAUCGAUUCGAUUUUGUUUCUGGUGAAAAAGGAAAGAAGAAUGGUUAAAAUAACUAUAAAGAUCUAUCAAGCUCUUCAAGCAUUAGAAGCAUUUACAAUGAAUAAUAUUAGGUUCGACAAUAAAAAGUAUCAUGAUCUCUGGGAAAAACUAACAGAGGAUGAAGUCGAAAUAUUUCGAGUGGGAGUACCUGCUAAUUUUAGGUGGAGUGACACUAUGUUAGAUAUGCACAGAGGAGUAAAACAAUACUAUUUAAAAGAAAAGUUAGAAGAUAUAGAAUUUCAUAGACUCAAGCUGAAGAGAUUGUAUUACUUGGACCGAUUUGUCAGAGGAAUUCUCAUUAUCGCAGCAUUUACAUUAUCAUAUAAAUUGAUAAAUGUUGUAUUGUGUAAAUAUAUUUUAUAGGUUGUAAUAAAUAAUUUAUCUAUGUUGCAAUAAUUCUUUGUUUAUUUCAUUAUAAUUCUCAAGAGUUAAUGGAAUUUUAUCUAAAGCAUAUAUUAGGC